GGUGUCAGUACCAUGACAACAGCAGGUCGAGUGUGAUGAGAUGUGUUGAGCUGUGCUGCUGUUUCAAACAUUACUGGAAAACAUCUCACUGCAUCAUUACAGGAUGUCUCUGUUCAAGGCGCGUGAUUGGUGGGCAUCAGUGCUUGGCGAGGGGGAAGAGUUUGAUCAGGGCUGUUUGUGUGUUGGUGAUGUGGAUAACAGUGGCACUGGAUAUGAUAAGAUUGUGGUUGGCAGUUAUAUGGGGAUGUUACGCAUCUUCUCACCACACCCUGCUAAACCAGACGAGCCAAUGGAGGCAGACGCCCAGCUGCUGGAGGUGCAGCUUCCUGACCCCAUCAUACAGGUGGAGAUUGGCAAGUUUGUCUCUUGUUCAGAGUUGCUUCAUCUGGCAGUGCUUCACCCCAGGAAGCUCUCAGUUUAUGCUGUGUCAGGCACUGCUGGUAAUGUUGAACAUGGUGACCAGUAUCAGCUGCGAUUGGUUUAUGAACACAAUCUACAGAGAACAGCCUGCAACAUGACGUACGGCCCCUUUGGGGGCGUCACAGGUCAUCACUUCAUCUGUAUCCAGUCGAUGGACGGGAUGCUGAUGUUUUUCGAACAGGAAAGUUAUGCUUUCGGCCGCUUCCUCCCGGGGUUCCUGUUGCCAGGUCCUCUGUGUUACUGCAUCCGCACGGACUCCUUCAUCACCGUCUCCUCGACACGACAGGUGGAGUGCUACAGGUAUGAGACACUGGCUGUAGCUACAGAUGCAGACACCAAACACGAGACUGUCCAACAGAGCAAGAGCUCAGGGAAGAGACUGACGGCUGAAUGGGCACUGGUGUUGGGAGAAGAAGCUCUAGAUAUCUGUGUUCCUAACACAUCUCCAGUGAUGUCCUCCAUCUUUGUGCUGGGGGAGAGAAAUGUGUUCUGUCUCAAAGACAAUGGUCAGAUCCGCUUCAUGAAGAAACUGGAGUUCAAUCCCAGCUGUUUCCUGCCAUAUGGAUCAGUUUCAGAGGGUUCCACCAACUUCCUGAUGGGUAACCAUAACAACAUGCUGCUAGUGUACCAGGAUGUGACCCUGAAGUGGGCGGCCCAGCUGUCCUGCGUUCCUGUGGCUGUACGGGUCGCUAACUUCCAAGGGCUGAAGGGUUUGGUGGUGACUCUGAGCUCUGAUGGUCAUCUCCAGUGCUCCUACAUGGGCACUGACCCCUCCUUCUUCACUGCACCUAAAGUAGAUGCCCGAGAGGUCAACUAUGACGACAUGGACACAGAAAUGAAGAUGUUGCAGAAGGUCAUCCGAGAAGCCACCAAAACCCAAGACAUUCUCCCAAAAGCAGAAACAGAAGAAGAGCUCACUCUGACUGCCAUAGUCUCCUCUAACCUGGACGAAGUCUCGUGUGCUGUCAUACCUGAGAUGAACGGCAUGCCAGUACCCUCUGUCACUGUUAAGGUAAAAGUAAAGAGUCGUGCAGCGAUACAGACCCCAAAGAUGACUGUGUGUGUGCCACCUCCUCUGGCUGUCACGCAGGAGCAGUUUGUGUUGAAUUCCAUGGGCAGUGGCAGCGAGUCAGUGGUGAGAUUCUCUGUGUUUCUGAACGGUCAGUAUCCUCCAGCAGAUCUGUGUGGAGAUAUCGCUGUGUCCUACAGCUCAGCUACAGAGCUUAACCCUUCAGGUGUCCCACGAGUGUCUCAGUGUAAAUUCACCUUACCACUUCGAUUAGUGUGCUACCCCUCCUCAGCAAGCAAAAACGCCAAAUACAAGAUCACCGUGGACACCAACAAACCUCCCGUCAAUCUCAGUGAAGUCUUCCCAGAUUUCUCAGACAAGUCAGAAAAUAAGGACUGCAGUGCUUUGGCUUUCCAUCUCAUCACUGGCUCUAGGGUCACUGUCCUCGCCUCCAAAACAUCCCAGCGUUACAGGAUCCAGAGCGAGAGCUUUGAGGAUAUCUGGCUGGUUGCCAAGGAGUUAGUGCAGCGAUUCGACCGGCACUUUGCCUCACUUGGAGUCAACGACUUUAGAAACAGCUUUACUGGACCGGUUCCACUGUCUGAGUACUUUGAGAUGGUGGACCACCACUUUGAGCUCCGUGUGAAUGCACAGAAGUAUCAGGAUCUGCUGUCAGAGAGAGCGGUCCAGUUCAGAGCCAUCCAACGGCGUCUGCUGACCCGCUUUAAAGACAAAACCCCAGGCCCACUUCAAAACCUGGACACACUGAUGGAGGGAACCUACCGUCAAGUUAUAGCAUUAGCAGACGCAGCAGAAGACAACCGUCAGUGCUUGAUUCAGGCAUUUACGCGUUUGCGGAGUGCCACUCACCUGCUCAUCCUGCUGUUGUCGCUGUGGCAGGGGCUGAGCUCAGAGCAGACCAACAUAUUGGAGGCCACACUGCUGCCACUGCUGCAGGACACACCACAACUGGGCUGGGAGGAGAGUGUGGAUGCAGCCGUCUCUCACCUCUUAAAAACAUGUCUGUCACGCAGCCCCAAGGAUCAAGCAAUCAGUCUGAGCACCGGUCCUCUGACCAUCCCCAAAGACACGUCACGGCUGAAAAAACACAUCACACUGCUGUGUGACCGACUGGGCAAGGGCGGCCGUCUGUCUCUGUCCUCAGAGGCCAACGUCCCUACAACCGUCAUGAUGCCAGCUGGUUGCGAGCCGAUUCCUGAGCCAAUAGCUGAGCAGGAGGAGGAAGCAGCGCUGCAGCAGGAUGCAGCCAAAUACAUUAAAAGUAAACAGCCCUCCAAGAGAGUCAAGAGCAAGUCAGAUUCAUCUAAAGAAUCUUUGAAAGAGAAGGAAUCUGGAAAAGACUCCACGAAAGAGAGCAAGAAAGACUCUGCGAAAGAGGAGUCUAAGGUGUCAUCUAAAGAGCCGAAAGAGUCAUCAAAAGAAUCAAAGGAACCCUCAAGAGAAUCCAAAAAGGGAUCCACAAAAGAGUCCAAAAAGGAGUCAUUAAAAGAGUUGUCAAAGGACAAAGAGUCAAGCAGAGAGAAGGAGUCGUCAAAAGAGUCUGGGAAGGACAAGACGAAGGUGUCCAGGAAGUCCUCAGUGAAGGUUAAAGAGAAGAAGUCAGAGGCAGGAGACAGCUGAAGAGUCCCACAUAUAAACAGACACGGCUGCUGCAUUCAUACAGCUCUGGCUCUUUAUUAGGCAGUGUGUCUGUGUAGAGGCCAAUCCCUCAUCCUGAUGUUUUCGCUGUAAUUCCAGGGUUGAUAGCAUAGUAGCAGUAAACCAUUGAAAAAGCACAUGUUUUGCACCUUCUUUGAGGGAAACCUUGUGUGUGUAGGAGGGAUUAUAUUUAAACUCAGCUGUCUGCCACUGCAGCAUGUAGUCUGUGUGUGUGUCCAUCAUCUCUAGUCCUCAGCCCUGUGUGACGUCUCUUCAUAGGCACCAUGCCCCACUGAGACCACUAAGAAUAACCCUGUCUGUCUGCUCUUUAUCUCUCACUGUCUGCCUCUCACUCUGUCUCACUGUAUCUCUCUUUAUCUGUGAGAGUGAGACAUGCAGUUUACUAUUAACACAAACUUGCAGUCUCUUUCUUUCAGUCACAUGUAGAGGAUCAGAGACAAUCACCGAUGUCAGAGAAUCAUAAGGGGUUGCUUCACACUACAGAGUCGUGUACACUCUAUUUUUGUAGAAGAAUGUGCUGUUAGGAAAGUGGUAUUUGUACAUGAUGUUAUGUCUUGUUGUCCGUGUCCCUGUCCCUGUUAGGCUUGGAUGUCAUAAAACUAUAGAAAUUGUUUGCAUAUAAAGUGUAAAAUGAAUGCCAGAAUUUAGAAUGAUCUAUUCUGAUAUUGUAAAACAUUGUUAGCCACUAGAAUCCCAUAAAUGUGGACAAAUUGCAAUUUUCUCAGCAUUUUACUCCCCAAGAUUUAUAUUAUUAGUACCUAAUUCUAUGUUAUUAUUAUUCAUAUUAUUAUUCAUGAUUUUUUUUUUUUUUUUUUUUUCUUGUUCUGGUUGUUGAAUCAAAACUUCCGUUACAUCAAUUUCUUUUUUUAUAUGGUCCUUUUGGUCCCAGCACUUGCAGGCUGGGUAAAUAUUUCCUCUAUACUGAAACAUUUCACAUAUGGAAAGACAGAUCUCUCUCUGUACAUCAAUUACACUGUCAAAUGAGGCAAUAUAAAAGGCACUAAAUAUUAUAAUUUACAAAUAU